AUGAAUAAAUGCAAAACAUGCGCCAAGUCUGUUAAGCCGCAAGAUGUCGCUAAGUGUAGUUCAUGCUCGGGAAUUUAUCAUAAAAAAUGUGUCGGCGCUAGCGCUGAGAUGAAAGACUGGUCUUGUUCUGCCUGUAGUGACAAAAACGAUAGGAGCCAAAGUGAUUUAUCUGGCCUUAACUCAGUAAACAGCACAUUCCACCCGUCCUCACAAAUGUACCCGGGAGACUUUACCGACGUAGUUGAGAUGCGUAGAGAGAUGGCCCUCUACAUGGCGGAGCUUCGAGAGUACCGCCAGGAGAUGCAGGAGUGGCGAACUGAGGUACUUAAGCGGCUGGAGGGCCUGGAGCGUCGAGUAGAAGUGGUCGAGAAAACAUCGUCGUCCAAGGUAGCUGAUCUGGAGCAGGUGGUCUCACAGCUCAAAUCCGAGCUCAAUGACAGAGAUCAGGAGGCUCUGCUGGCGGACCUGGACGUGGGUAACCUGCCCGAGAGUACGGGCGAAAACACCACACACACGGUCACAGUCCUGGCAGCUAAAUUAGGUGUUCAGCUGAGCAGCACCGAUAUAGUGUUCGCCGAGCGGGUUGGCGCAGUGGAGCGGUCCCCCACGGGCGACGCCACGGCGGCGGAGGAGAGGCGCGCGCGGCGCAUCGUGGUGCGGCUGGCGCGGCGAGACCUGCGCGACGAGCUGCUGCGCGCCGCCCGUGUGCGCCGCACGCUCAGCAGCGCCGACCUGGGUGCGCCCGGAGCGCCGCGCCGCGUCUACGUCAACGAGCGGCUGACGCGCGCUAACCGCGUGCUGUUCCACCAGGCCCGCGAGGAGUGCCGGCGGCUGCAGUGGCGGUACUCGUGGACCAAACGAGGCAGAAUCUACGUUCGCCAGGGCGACGGGAAACCGGUGUUCUCUAUACGAUGUGAUGCAGAUCUGGCGCGGGUUUUUAAUUGCGCAAAUGUUAGUCAAACUGCAUAA